GAGCUAACGGUGGUGGCAGUAUUUGUUUCUAUCCUUCGACGAUGCUUUGCGAAGAAUAAGAUGAAAACCAAUUAAGAUUUAAAAAGAGUGGGAAAAGACGAAAAGGGAUGGCUGAGGCUUCCGCUUACAAGGAUUAUUUAGCAGGGUUAGCCGCCGGAAUUGCUACAGUUGUCGUCGGUCAUCCCUUUGACACUGUUAAGGUGAAGCUACAAAAGCACAAUACUGAAGCACAUGGAAUUAAGUAUAAGAAUGCAUUGCAUUGUACCAGUAGGAUUCUGAAGAAUGAAGGAGUGAAAGGUCUUUACCGGGGUGCAACAUCUUCAUUUGUUGGGAUGGCAGUUGAAGGCACACUUUAUUUUGGCAUUUAUUCUCAAACAAAACAAUCACUUCAGGGAGAAGUGCGGAAUAGUAGGCCCCAGAUCCAGGUUAUCAUUCCUGCAGCAGCUUAUGCUGGAGCUAUAAUCAGUUUCGUGUUAUGUCCAUCAGAGCUGGUGAAAUGUAGGAUGCAAGUUCAAGGGACUGACUCUUUAGUUUCCAAAUAUGAUAGAUACAGUAGUCCUCUUGAUUGUGCUGUUAAAACCGUAAAGACUGAAGGGAUUAAGAGUCUAUUCCGUGGAGGUUUUGCAACUUUCUUGCGAGAGUCUAUUGGGAACUCGGCCUUCUUCUGCACCUAUGAGUAUAGUCGUUACUACUUGCGGUCACAAUUAAAUUCCAUCUCAUCUGGACAUAGUGACCUGCCAAAUGCAUUUAGUGAUAUAGGGAUUGGCAUAAUCAGUGGUGGGCUUGGUGGUGUGGCUUUCUGGUCGACUGUUCUGCCAUUAGAUGUGGCAAAAACUGUUAUUCAGACUUCUUCAGAUGCUAGUAGAAACCCAUUUCAGAUACUGAGCUCGAUAUACCGGAUUGCAGGAUUUAGAGGAUGCUAUGCUGGUCUGAAUCCCACGUUAGCAAGAGCAUUUCCUGCAAAUGCUGCUGCAAUUGUUGCAUGGGAGUUUUCUGCAAAGAUGUUAGGGAUUAAGCGGGACUGAAAACGGGUCUUGAAUUAAUAUGAAUGACUAAUUUUCAUUACUCUAGCUCUCCUAUUUCAGCAUUUUCAGAUGGCUGUUUGUGAGUCCUUCCUAGCCUUACAAUAUUCUUUU